CCGGACAAAUUUGUGAAAAUCACUCAUUUCUGGUCAAAGCGAAUUCACUUUUGUCCGCCAUCGCUAAGCCGACCGAGCUCAGUCCGUCCGUCCAGCUUCGUUGCAGGAGCGACGACCGGAAGAGCAAUCCGAGGGGGAGAGAGAUGCUGGCGCGCUCGGCCGUCGGCGUCCGCGGAGCCUUGAAGACCGCCGCCAAGCUCGCCAGAGGCUUCGCCUCCGUCGAGCAGGCGGAUUGCGUGGUGAUCGGCGCGGGCGUCGUCGGGCUGGCCGUCGCGCGGCGGCUCGCGCAAGGCGGCCGGGACGUCCUGGUGCUCGAGUCGGCGCCGACCUUCGGGACCGGCACGAGCUCCCGCAACAGCGAGGUCGUCCACGCCGGCAUAUACUACCCUCCCGAUUCUCUCAAGGCGGCGUUUUGCGUGAGGGGAAGGGAGCUGCUGUACGAGUACUGCUCCGAGCGCGAGAUCCCCCAUGGGCAGAUUGGGAAGCUGAUAGUCGCUACCGGGCCUUCGGAGGUUCCGAAGCUGAGCAAUUUGAUGGACCGUGGAGCUCGCAACGGGGUCGAUGGGUUGAGGAUGAUGGAUGGUGCGGAAGCCAUGAGGAUGGAGCCUGAACUGCAAUGUUUGAAGGCCUUGUUUUCCCCUGUUUCCGGCAUCGUUGACACGCAUUCGUUGAUGCUGUCGCUAGUGGGAGAAGCUGAAAAUCACGGAGCGAUGUUCUCUUACAAUACUACUGUGGUCGGCGGUCAUCUUGAAGGCAUUUCUAUGCACCUCCAUGUUUGUGAGACCAAAAAUCUCGAUGAACAUGGGAAUGGACAGUUUCCUCUCCAACCUGAACUUGAACUAGUUCCGAAGGUUGUUGUCAACUCGGCAGGCUUAAGCGCUCCACUCCUGGCAAAGAGAUUUCAUGGUCUUAAUGGUCAAGUAAUUCCUCCAGCAUAUUUUGCUCGCGGUCACUACUUUACCCUUGCGAACACUAAGAACCCCCCAUUCCAGCAUUUGAUAUAUCCAAUUCCUGAGGAUGGUGGCCUUGGUGUGCAUGUAACUCUUGAUUUGAAUGGUCAAGUAAAGUUUGGCCCGGAUGUUGAAUGGAUUAAUGGUGUGGAUGAUGUUUCAAGCUUCCUAAACAGGUUCGACUAUUCUGUAUCUGCAAGCCACGCGGAGAGAUUUUAUCCAGCCAUCAGAAAGUACUAUCCAAACCUCAAGGAUGGUUCUUUGGAGCCAGGUUAUUCAGGGAUUCGGCCAAAACUUUCAGCUCCUCAACAGCCUACCAGUGAUUUUGUAGUACAGGGAGAGGAGACUCAUGGGGUACCUGGACUGGUUAAUCUCUUUGGAAUCGAGUCACCUGGUUUGACUUCAAGCAUGGCCAUAGCAGAACAUGUUGUUGCCAAGUUUUUGACAUGAUAAUGUGCCGAAGAUGAGAUGCUGGUCAUAGAAAUCGGCUGUCCCAGCCAUUGUGGCUUUUGAACAUUCAAUCUCGACUUUAUGGGGGAAUCUUGAAUAUCCGCAGAUUUGUUAAGCUUGUAUCCCUCUAGUCGAGCUUAUCAGAGAUUGUAUAGCCCUUUCCGUCCCUUGGUCGAUUCCUCUGUUAAAAGGGAUAUGUUGGAUGGGCCAUGCUCAAUGUGUGUUAUAAUAAUCGUGUUCCAGAGUUAAAGAGAGAAGAAUCUAACAAGAAGCCAUCAAUUUCAACG